ACCGGCCAUCAUCGUACCCUUUCGGAUCGUUUUUCCCAUCCUACCUCUGAAAAUAUAAAUACCCGCAUACUCGUUUCCCGGGCAUCAACAAUUGCCACAGCAUUCCUAACUCCCACUGAACUUACUCUCAACCCAUACAAUUUACAAGAAGUACUCCAAGACGAAAAACAUCAGCACAACGGUACUUUACUUGAUUUUUUAAACCAAUCCCUACUAAAAAAUGAAUUCGAUUUGCCAACAUUUGCUACUGCUUGUUUGCUUCCUCGCGGUAUCACAUUCGAGACAGGAUGACGCGCCUCUGGAAGUGAAAAUCGACACGAAGGACGAUUUUUGUUUGGUCGUUCCAAAGAACCAAUACACGACCAUCGGCGACUCCGAACAACCAGGUGGUGAAACAGUCUGGUGCCAAAAUCCCAGCAGCAAGACCUCUCCCUCUGCAGGAGUCUUCAAUGGCCCAUUUUGGACCGCUGUUGAUAUUUCUAAGCCAAAAAAUGGAGUCAUCCAGAUGACCGGAUGCAUCAAUGUCAAUAGCUGCGAUAGACUCAAGGCGGAUGAUGGAGGAGGUCAAUACGAUUCCAACGGUGGGGAUCGCAGCCUAGGAAACCCACCAUACAGCUUCUGCAAAAAUUACCAUACGUACGUGCAACUGAUUGAACCUUCGGCCAAUCGAGCUUGCCUUCGAUGUUGUGAAAACCCAUCCGACUGCGAUCUUUCAAAAGAUACCCAGGGUUGUCCGGCUGCCAUUCCAGGGAAGUACUUCACCUGCGGUUGAUUAGCUUGCUUCUUUUGGCCAAUCUGUUUUUAUCUCAAUUUUCUUUAUAUUUUCAAUUUAUUGUCGUGAAUUACCUGGAGUGGACAUCUGGUUGAUGUGAUGCAACAAUCUGAAUAUUUUAAGCCUUGAAAUCCUAUGCAGACUUAGUUUCAUUGGUGCAGAACCGCAGGUGUUGCUGU